UUGUUUUCAAUAUUUCCUUUGUCUCAUAUAAGUUAUGAAUCGUUUAUUUUGAAGCAAUUUCCUUCUCCACAAUAACAGGAAUCUAAGUAUCUGCAAACACUCUGUUAUUUUGUUCUUAAGUUGUUGAAAUCCAGCGGGCAUUGUCAGUAUCUUUGGUAUUUCUUCAUUGUUUGAUCAUAUAGCCAGAGUGGAGUUAUAUAUUUGUAAAUUAAAGCAUGUAUUUAGUGGAGACUAAAGAAGGGGCUAUAGCAUGUAUGAUAUUGUCUCUCGUAUUUUUGGGAACCUACCCUGUUCUUUUGAGUCUUCCUGAACGGCGGGGGCGUCUUCCUCAGCAUAUUUUUCUUGAUUACUCCAUCGCAAAUUAUUUAGCUGCUGUAAUAUUUUCUUUGACACUUGGUCAGCUUGGAAAGAGCUCACCAGAUAGACCAAAUUUUAUCCAACAGCUUUCUCAGGAUAAUUGGCCUUCUGUUAUAUUUGCCAUGGCUGGUGGUUUAGCGCUGAGUAUUGGGAAUCUUUCAGCUCAAUAUGCUUUGGCGUUUGUUGGUUUAUCAACAACAGCAGUGCUCACUUGUAGCAUAAUAGUAGUUUUAGGCUCAACCAUGAACUAUUUUCUCGAUGGCAAAAUUAAUCGAGCAGAGAUUCUUUUCCCUGGUGUUGCUUGCUUCUUGCUUGCAGUUUGUCUUGGCUCUGCUGUUCACUCGUCCAACACAGCCGAUAUCAAAACAAAGUUGGAAAGCUUGUCCACGGAUUCCAAAAAUGAGUCAAAGGCAAUUGAUGUUUCUUCAAUUUCAGUUGAAUCAGCGGAGAACGCCAAUUGUUCGUUGCGAAAUGCAGAAGCUGGAACUGCAGACUUUAUUGUUCAAGUUGAAAACAGAAGAUCCAUCAAGGUGUCUGGUAAGAGCACACUAGUUGGAUUGUGCAUAAUUUUCUUUGCUGGUGUUUCCCUUUCAUUCUUCUCACCUGCAUUCAAUUUGGCUACAAAUGAUCAAUGGCACACUCUCAAGGAAGGCAUCCCACAUUUGUCUGUCUAUACCGCAUUUUUCUACUUCUCGACAUCAUUUUUCGUCUUGGCCUUUGUUAUUAACCUCAUCUUGCUUUACUUUCCUAUACUAAACUUACCCAAAACAUCAUUCAAGGGAUAUCUGACUGAUUGGAAUGGUAGAGGAUUGGCUUUGUUGGCUGGUCUUUUAUGUGGAUUUGGCAAUGGUUUGGAGUUCAUGGGUGGUCAAGCUGCUGGUUAUGCAGCAGCAGAUUCUGUUCAGGCAUUUCCACUUGUGAGCACGUUUUGGGGGGUAGUUUUGUUUGGAGAAUACCGAAGAUCGUCAAGAAAAACAUACACUUUGCUAGCGAGCAUGUUGUUUAUGUUCACAGUGGCUGUUGUGGUUCUAAUGGCUUCAUCAGGACAUAGACAUGAGAUAGGUGUUGGAAAAUCAUGUAAAAGCUCUUACGUUUGUAUGAGUUAGAUCCGUUGCAUCAUAGUUCAACCGACGUAAGACUUCUAGAAUAGUGAAUUGCGAACUACUAAAUUUAGCUUCU